UUUUUUAUUAAAUAGAUAUUUUAAUGUCAAAGAUUAUCUAAGAUGGCAACAUAAUAUUAAUGGCUAUGUUUGUUUUCAUUUGAGAAGCGAGCGAGUCAACCUUGGCAAAUUAAACAAGUUUGGGAGCACUGUCCUGGUGAAUUUUUAGUGAUGGAGGGAGAAAGAAAUGGAUUUGAAAGAUUCUGUAACAAAGUUAUCAAUGUUUUUGAUGGUCCUGUAACAUGGUUUAGAGAGACUGUUGUGCUCCCAAACCAAAAACAAUACCCAUAUUAUCAUAGAGUAUAUCCCCGAGUUCCAACUAUUGAUGAAUGUUACGAGAAAGAUGCUCCCUGCAUGUAUGAAGCUAAUGAGCAGUUUAAACGAGAUAUGAAAGUUGAUGCAGCUAUUGUAGACAUUUUAAGGAAAAGGAAACUUGAAUGUGUUAGGUAUGAAGGUCAUGAAAGACAUGAAAAAUGUAAACAAAUAUUUGAUGAAUAUGCUGAAGCUGAGUUAAAUUAUUUUAUCAAAUAUGGUGAUCUUGGAGCCUUCCCCCAUGCCAAGCAUGCCUACAUGAAACAGAAACACAGAAUGGUUUAUGAACGUAGAAAAGAAGCAGGAACUUGGAAUCCCAAUAAAUGAAUAAAUUACUUUUAUUAUAAUGAAUUAUUUGGAAUAUCAGUGGAAGUUAGAAAUAGAAUCAGAAUAAAUAAAUUGUUGUUGAA